UAUAGUUUAGAAAGGGCGAUAUUAACUUUAAUUGUUUAUAAUACAGGUCUGUGCGAAGUUUGUCGACUGGUAACUGUUGUGAUCUACAGUGCAUGGGUCAUUGCUCUUUAACAGGCUUCAUUUCAUAGUGACGUCCUCAGUGUUAGCGUGGCCUUGUCUGUCAAUAUCAUCAAUACCAUUUUGGUUAAAGUGCUAGCUGGCUUACGCCCUUGUAUUAACAAAGAAAAGUGUGAGGGGCUAAUGUUAUAUCCUCUAGCAACGCUCUUAUCACCGGCCGGACUUACCUGUCAGAACCCACCUGUAACGAGACAUGUUUACCUGGGAUCAAUCUGAAGUUCCACAGGUCAAAAUGUGACAAAUCUUAAAGUCUACUUGGAAUUUUUCUGACGGAAAGAAAAAAUUCCCGUUAGUAUGGAUUUACUUAAAUGUGACGGGCAUUGAAAAGUUUACUUACCUCAGUGAUAUAGAGCUAUGGAGGCUCAUAUCGUUUUAGGAUUUAAGACUUUGGAGGACUUCCUGGCUACAGAUGAACUGUUUGUGGAAUACUUCAAUGCCUUCCUCACCCUACCAACUUUUCCGGUGCCUUUGUACUUCAACAAGGAGACCGGAGGGUUUGAGGUUGCUACGGAUGCCAAGAAGGAGUUGUCAAAAAAGAUUAAGGCAGCCAUUCGAUCCCAGAAACACACCAGCAAAAUCUAUCGUGUAGUGAAAAAGCACAGUUUCAUUGACAUACCGUUGAUCCCUAUUGAGGAACCAGAGGGGCCAGAGAAUGUGGAAAUCAACACAACAUUCACUGUUACCACCCUGAACAGGGAGCAGGGCAUCCACUGGGUGAAGGAAGUGCGUCUGCCUGCUUUCCUAGAGAGUGACCUAUACCUGGAGUUCCGACUCGCCAAGCUAAUAUCUCAGUCCCAGAUUACGGGGGAACGUGGUGAGUUUGUCCUUCAGAGAAUCGACUUUAUACCUCGGGCACAGAAAGUGAAGAAGGAGGAAGAGGAGGAGGUGGUUAUCGACCCACGGGAACAGAUCAUUAAGGACAUGUAUGUGUGUGUAGGGGAGGCCCUCCCCACACAAACGGAAGCUUGGUUCGCGAUGGCACAAGGGGCUACCACAACUCAUACCACAUACUCGACACAGCCACGCCCUAAAAGUGCUGCUGAUAUUGGCAAACGGCCGAACAGUGCACGCCCUGUGAGUGCCUAUAGUGCUAUUGACAGUUACAACUACUCCGAGAGUGGGCUGGGUAUGUCUGUACGCGGUUCAGUGAAUAGUUCAAUGGGGAGGGGCUACCAAGUAUCGCAAAUGUCAACCAGUGAAGAUGAGGAUGUUUAUUCUAGCAAACUUUUUGCAACAGAUGGAAAACCAAUGACACCCAGACCAUCAGAAAUGAUAUGUUGUAUGGCAGAUGAGCCAUCUAAAAAGUCACGGCCAUUUAGUGCCACUGUGUACAGUACACCGAAGUAUGAUGCUGAUGGGGACAAUGAAUCGGGACUGGGCAUUGAAGAUGACAAGUUUGAUCUGGCCUCGGAAGGUUCUGGUCCACAGGACUUACUUAUAGAAGAUGAUGUCCAAGAUAAAGUCUCGAAUAGUCCUACUGAAGUAAAUGUUGUCUUCAGAGACAUGGAUGAUCUUGGAGCAGCUCUGGUUGGAGCAGUACUGAAACGCUCUAUAGCCUACCUUACCAAUAGAAAUGAAAUAGAAAUUGCAGAGGACCCAGAUAUUCUGAAACAUCUACCACCGACUUCUUGUAAGGACAUGACCUUGGACAUGAUUGACCGUGUAUCUCUUGUGGAAGACAACAAAACUAUUCCGGAAACAGAAGAGGAUAAAGAAGUAAGGUCUGUGACGGAAGUACACAAAAACAAGGACAAAAAAGACGAGGACAGUGACGCAGAUUCUCUUCUCGACAGUGAAGACGACUAUGAAGAGAGAGAUUUGUUUUUCCGUAGGAAGAAGCAAAAAACAUUUAAAUUAACAGAUCGGAAGGGAAUUGAAGCUUUCAAGUUGUUUCUCCAGGGGACAGCAGGGGAGAAGAACUGGCACAUGUGGCUGGACAUUGACCGUAUCCAGUUCUUAACAAAGGGCAAGAGUGGGCCGGUGUUGGAGGUGGCCAUCAGUGGCUACCUGAACGAGAUGCGAGAGCUUUAUCACCGGCCAGGUGCUGUUUAUGAGUUAACUGUGGAACAGAAGAAGAGCCUUGGUCUAUCUGAACCAGCAUCAUGGACCCUGGAAAGACUGCAGCUAAUCCACAACAAAAUAGCAGAACCCCUGGUUCUGUACUGGGCUCCGCGUUUCCUCCUGAAGCAGAGCCUGAAAUCCGACCCCGCAAAGAAUGAGUUGUACCACAAUAUGUCUCUACUCCGCCUGAGUACUGAUGGAGUCCAUCCCAACCCUCCUACCACCAAGUUACUGCCCCUCCGACCUAAGUCUUGUGUGCCGAAGAUCACCACACCCCAACCGCCCACCCCUCCAUCCAGUGUACCACUGACAUCCCCUCCUGUAGGAUACAAACGUGUGUAUGCCCAGAAUGUAUUGUCAUCAGCAACUAAGGAUAAGAAGAAAGAGCUCAUCACACCCAGACUUCAGAACUCCAAAACUCCUGUCAAAAGGUCCUCAAUAGGAAGUGCUAGUUCAUCACGCCCAUCAUCUGCUGUUCGCCAGCCCCGUCUUCCAUCUGCUAGACCAGUCUCGGCCCUUCCAGCCCAGUCAACUACCCGCCCAGUGUCUGCCCGACCAGUGUCUGCCAGACCUUCUGCUUGUGUGGAAAGACAGACGUCACGGACACGCCCCUCCUCUGCAGGAUCUACCCCGAGUACACCCCUGGAGCAGGUAGACCACAAGGAGGUGGAGUCGUUACUUCAAACCUUACAUCAUGAGAGAAUAGCUGGUGGCUUCUUCAGGAAAUAUGUUGAGAAGACACAGAAGAGGAAAUGGAUCAACUGUCUCAACUUUUGGACCGACUUACAAGAAUUCCAUCUCCUGUUUUAUGCUGAUUCUAUCGACCCAGCCAUUGUGACUAGGAAAGCUAAGAUAUUAUAUUCCCAAUACAUUGUGGUUGGGUCCUCAAGAAAUAUUGGAUGCAGUUCUGUGAUAUUCCGUGAGAUUUACCGUUGCCUGGAGCCUGCCUUUGAGGACUUGUUUGACGAGGCAGAGGAACUAGCAUUAUCAGUGCUCCUUGUACCUUGGGUCCAAAUGAUCAACUCUGACAUGAAAACAUACGGCAAGGUGGAGCUUAUUGAGGUGAAAAAACACCUGGAGACAAAGUCCAAGUAUGUUCUUACGUUACAGAAGAAAGGGCUUAUAAAGGAGAGAGUGAUCACACCAGAUGAUCCUAUGGAUGGAUAUGAGGAUCCGGUGUAUGAUGAAAACCUAAUUAAUAAUAUACCUGAUGAGUUUAAAGAUCAUUCCUUGGACAAAUUAGUCCAUAAUCGCAUAGAGCUUGAACAUUUCCGCAACUUUUUGAGUGAGAACUAUGCCAGUAUGGAUCUUCUGUGCUGGAUGGAGAUUGAACAGUUCCGACGUAUGCCGCAGAACGAUGAGCGGAGACGUGAUGAUAAAGCUAGAGAACUAAAAAAUAAAUUUUUGAACAAAAAAUAUUUCUUUGGUCCAAACAGUCCUGCUGGGAAAGCGGCCCAAGAUAAGAUAAUGGCAGAUGCAGGUGGCUGGGGUAAAUUAUUAAACGAACGUCCCCCAAACUCUGUCUUGUUGGAAGCCCAGAAGUAUGUAAGGGAAAGACUGGAAAAGAAAUGGCUGCCUUUAUUCCUAGUCACCCCCGCCUUCGCCGAGCGCCAGAAACCCAACGCAGGCAUGGAUGAUGUGGUUGAUGAUGUUAUGGUUCAAAAGAGGAAGAAAAGUCAAGCUGUACUCAAGCUUUUGGAGAGUAGGUGGAUAUCCUCAUCCAAGGAGAUCAUCACGUUCCGUAGUGCCCUCCUCAACCCUAUCACUGCCCUACAGUUCCGUCGCUAUGUGUCCAUCAAGGGCGACACACUGGAGAAUGAUGUAUUGUUUUGGCUGGAGGUCCAACGCUUCAAGGAUGUGAAUCAUACUCACAGUGACGAAACGUACAUCCUUGGGAAAAUCAACGCCAUAAUCAACUGUUUUAUUGACUCGCCAAUUCCUCCGAGUCUGCAAAUAGAUAUCACAGGGGAUAUGGCGGAGAGAAUACUAGAACACAAGUACGAGAGGAAUCCCUAUCUCUUUAGGGAGUCUCAGUGUGCUGUUUUUCGUACUCUCUUCCAACACUGGAAUGACUUCUGUGAGUUCAGAUCUAACGUAGCCGAUGAUAAGGUUCUACCGACGAUAGAAAGGCGGCGACGACAUGCCAAGAUAAAAGAGAGACAGAGACAGAAAAUGGAGGAUGAGAAAGCACUCAAGGAAAACAACAGACAAGCUGAGUUGGAGGUUGACGAUAGAGAAGAGGCGGAGAGGCGGGCGGCUCUAGGUCUGGCCCCAGGGGAUGAUUUGGAGGCGUAUCAUGACCCGUUUGCCCACCAGCAGGGUGAGGGUAGUGAGAUGGGCGAGGAAGAGGAGGUGGGAGGCAAGGACAAGAUCUCGUGGUCCUACUCUAACUAUAUGAAUGCUUUACAUAAGGAGGACAUUCUCAACAAUACAGACGAGUCAACAUUUAGCUCUCUCAUGUCCGACUCCGUCUCUCAGAAAGGCAGUGACAUUGGAGAGAAGGGCUCGGUGAUGAGCACCAGACCGUCGGACACCAUCAACACCACCAACAGUAGUGCAGGCAAAAAGGAGACUAAGUCUGAGCACUCCCAGACAGAUAAACCAGAAAGGAAGAAAUCAGUGAAAAUCUCUGACCCGCCGCAGAGGAAGUGUGAGAGUCCAGCGAAAGGCGAGGUCAAAGGAAAGAAGAAGCCAGAUGCAGUGACAAGGCGAGCAAGUGGAGAUGUGACAAAAAUGGAACCACUUAAAGAGGAAACAGAGGAAGAGGGUUCAAAAUCACCUACAGAUAAGAAAGUGAAGGGCAAGGCUCAGAAAAGAUGAUUGGUUCAUGUGUUUCUAUGACAACUCCAUGACGACAUGGCAUGGCAGCAGAUGCUUUUAGAACAGAAAAAGUACGGACCUGUGAUUUUUAUAUUUCAUUUUUUCUCCUGAAUUAACAGCAAGACAAAGAGGAUUAGGGAGCCUGAAUCUUCGGAUAGCCAUGAUAAUGAGUGCACACAGCUGAACUUCAUCAGACCUGGGGUAUCAGACCAGCUCAGCAUAAUCAUAGAGACUUCAUCAGCCUGAAUCUUCGGAUAGCCAUGAUAAUGAGUGCACACAGCUGAACUUCAUCAGACUGAAUAUUAUUCAAGAUGUGUUUUGACUGACUCCAUUGAUGUUAAUAAUGUGAUUUACAAAUUUUCUAAUCAGCUAAUUUAAGAUCAAGAAAACAAUAUUGGAGACUUUCUUAAAAGAAGUGCUGUUAGUAGAAUGAUCUGUUGUUAGUCCAGCUCAGCAUAAUCAUAGAGACUGGUCAGUAAACUUACUGACCAGAUCUACAGACAUAUAUAAACUAUAGCUAAUCAUUUAUUGUCAGUGCCUUUGUAUCCGUCCCUUAUAUAACUGAGACAUGUUUAACAACGUGCCAAAGUCACGGUUUUAGUUUCAUUCAGUGUUUCUUGUGAGAAACAUGAUCUCAAACUCGUGGUUGAUUUUCACCUCAGUUUGUAAUUUAAAUUAUGAUUCAUUAAUUUGAUGAUUCUUUAUUCCUUUAAGGUUCAUGAAAUAAAUUUAACAAAGUGUCUCAAUUUUCAUAGUCACAAACCUUUAUAUUAACUAGUCCGAAUUAAUUAGUUUUUCAUGCAUGUAAUUUAUUUAUUUAAGUUCCCAUGACUUUGAAUAUGUAGUGUCUUCUACAUAUAUGUACAUACAUGUAUAUUUAUGUACUAGAUAUAUAUAACCAUAUGCAUUUCUCUGACUAUAAUGCAGACUUAUUUAGUAAUGAUGAUGUUGAUGAUGUUGAUGAUGAUUAUGAUGAUGAUGAUGAUAUGGUGAUGAUGAUGAUAUGAUGAUGAUGUUGAUGAUGAUGAUGAUGAUAUGAUGAUGAUAUCAACAUUUUUGAUAUAUGAUAGAAUUGAGAUAAAGAGAAUAAAUUCCCAGAUCACUAAGAUCAUUGGAUGAGCUUGCAUUUAAAUGAUGUUUAUGGUUGUAAUGACUUGAUUAUGAACAGAUAUAAUUAUAACUAUUGUUCAAAAUUAUCGACUGCAUAAAAUUUUGAAAAUGAAAAUUUUAAGCAGAUUUGGUCGCAAGUCAUAAGUCGUGUUUUGAUUCGUUUAAAUUAUAUUGAUAUUCAGUGACAUUUUUCUGUUAUGCUGUUUUCUGUAUUGUUGACAUAUUUUUAUGAAAUCUUGUGUAAAUCAAAGUGCCUGAUGUGAUAAUAGUACUUUUAAAUAGAUAAUAAUUAUAUUUACAUCAUAGAUAUAUUGUAUCAUUUAAUAUUUUUAAUUGUAUGUCUGUUUUUUAUGACAAUGUAUUUAGUUUUGUAUCUAUUUUAAUUAACUUCCAAAGCUAAGGCUGUGAUUUUGGUAGCUUUGUUUUUAUUUUGUUAUUUUUUUGAAACUGAAAAAAUGUGGUAGCAGAACAAUGUAGCUAUAAAGUUAUUCAAAAGCAAUACAUAUAUAUAUACUUAUAAACUAUCUAUCUAUGCAUCGUUUCUAGGCAUAUGCGCCUAUGGAUAUCAAAAGAAAUAAGACCAAUUUUAAAUCUAUUUGAAUUGAAAGGAAUUGCUCCAAUUAUGAUUCGGCAUCCAAGUUUAAAUAUUUGAAAAUGGAGGGUUAGUUGAGACACGAGGUAAAAUGUUCAAAUAAUUGAUUCAGUCAAAGCUUCAUUUCGUAAUAUGAAUGGAGGAUGGACAAUAGACAACAAAUUGCUCAGUUAUUAGUUAUUAGAAGGUGCUGCCUUAUUGGUAACUAGUGAUUAUAUCCUUUUUUACUUACAUAGCUCAUGCAUCCUCUGUAUUUAUAUCAAAUUCAUUUUCUCCUGCACUUAAAACAAGUAACAGUGUCUUUCCACAAAAAGUUACAUGUGAUCAUUCACAGUAUCUAUCUCGGAUUUUCAUAUUAAGUACCAGUAAAUUUCCCCAUUUUUCACUAUAUAUUUUCAACAUCAUGCAUAUUUUUAUAUCAAUCAGUUUCUUGAUAAGAAAAAGAAAUUUGUUUACUUGUUCUUUCGAUAAUAUGUAGACAGUAUAACAUAUACAUUACCAUUCAAAUAAAUUUUCUGCCGAAAUAACAUGAAAA